AUAGGGGAUUAUUACUAUGAAACACUAACCAUUACCAGCCCAGACGACAAUUUCGAUGUGCCUUAUUCAAACUGUUCACACAAACACUCUUGUAGAGAGUGCCCAACCCUGGGGCCCAAGAAAACAAGAAUAAUGAUAUCGGACAAACAGACAAUAAAGGAGACUUCGAAAAUGUAUGUGGUUGCCGUUAUGGACGUGCAUCAACGUGGUCGAAACCAAUUUGAAUGCGGACCUCUCAAUGUGCAAAGUUAUUACCAGCUGUAUGCUUUACAGAUUGCGCUAAGGAAGGGAAAUGCCGACAGCCUUGGAUUGUUGGUAAUAGAUGCUUGCUCGCAUAGCAUUCGUGCAGUAAACGAUAUUUAUAGUUUUCAAGGUGGCUGCGGCAUCAUCGGUGAGACAGCUCCGAUCGAUCUGAAAGUCAGACCCGAGAUGACUAUGGCCUACGUCAUCAUGGGACCAGACAACGUUGAUGCUGCCAGGGCUUUUUUAACUUCGCAAGAAAUCCCUAUAGUUUUUCCCUCGGUUGCUCCUGCUGCCCCAAAUAAAUAUGUGUUCAGCACCAUGCCUUCUGAUUUUAACAAAGCACAAUUGCUUAUUUCCAUUUUACAAUCAUUAGAAUGGACCCACGUUAUGGUGGUCAGUUCUAGCAGUGAUGGCAGUCAGGCGGCAACCACUGCCUUUUUCAACGCAGUCAAAAAUAAGACCAAUAUUUGUAUUGGGAAACAGAUCAUUAUGGGAGAAAAUGCCACUGAGGACGACGCGCGAGAUUUUGUUAAUAAUCUUAACAGUACAAGUGAUGCUCGGGUCGUGGUAUAUUUUACUGACGUUAAGCAUACAGAGCUCCUUUGGUCUGGAUCAGACUUAUCUCAAUUAGUGUGGAUUGGCUUUUCCCAUGGUGAAAACGAGGCAAAGGAAAACAGCGAUCGCGUUUCAGGAUCCAUUACAAUUUCACCACAAACAUUAGACAUGCGAGAUAUCUUAAAUACCCUAGUGGGAUCACGUCCAGAUAUCACAAAUGAUAUACCCCCAGACUGGUUUGAAGAGUUUUGGCAAUUAAUAAAUGGCUGCAAAAAUUCAAGUAGCAAGUUUGUACAAAAACAAUUCACUCGCGAAUGUGGAGACAGUGAGCAGAUUUCAUCAAAUGAAAUACGCAUGGACCCCUCUGUAAGCCACACCUUUUUAGCAGGCAGUAUCUUGCGAGAGGCGGCUUUGACAUCUGAAUGUAUUCCUGGAGACCGCAAUUGCUUUACAAAGGCUCUUCAUACAACUUCCGUGCAAGUACCUGAUGCGACAACGAAGUUUUCCUUUAAUAAUACUUUAGGAUUCGAAAUCCGAAAUUUCCAAAGCAAGACCAAAGUGCAUGUGAAGAUUGGGUCAUGGGAUACAGGCGCGAUGCACCUUAGCAUUGACGUACGUAAAUACCAAGGGCCAAUUGCCAAAGGCGGAUCGAACUGUACUUCGGACAACUGCCCUUGUUUAAAGAACCCAGUGGUCACUUUUAAUCAGUCCGUUACCGUUGCAACUCCUUCACAAAAUGAAUACAUUACAACCUUACCGGCGGUAGACUCCCGCUUCGUCAGUGCUAUAGGAAUCAUUGUUUCAAUGUUCAUAGGAAUCGGUGUCCUCCUGACAUUGGUGCUCUUCGUGGUCUUCUGUAAUGCUUAUCCGAACUACAAAAACAUCGGGACCACGUUACUUGGGUACUACGGACUGUUUGGAGUGUUAGUCAUAUUUCUUCACACUUUGGCCUUCAUAUAUUAUCCAUCAUCUACCGUGUGUGGCUUCAGGCGAUUCUUACUGGGUUAUUCUUAUGCCAUUUGUUUCUCAGCAUUUCUUAUCAAAGUUUUAGAUAUAUGGAGAAUCGGAAAGUAUGGCGACGCAAAAUACAAACGAGUGACAAGUCCCUGCAGCUUAUUCUUUGUUGCAAUUGGUUUGACACUUGUCCAAGGCAUCAUCGUGACCAUGUGGCUGGUUCAAGAUCCUCCGAAAUCGGGAGAGAUAAUAUAUGACGGCGGUAGGUGGCACUGGUGUACCAGUACUGACUCUCACAACGUUGACCUAGUGAUGUCGUGCAUCUACGUCAUGGCUCUAAUACUCAUGACCGCCAUUUUUGGGGUUGCCACGUGGAAGCUUGAAGUAAACAACAGAGAAUCGCGCUGGAUUUGCAUAGCAGCCUUCCUCACCAUCGGAUGUUGGGUAAUAUGGACCGUCGUUUCCACUCUGGCCGAGCACAAGUACAGAGACGGUGCGAUCGCUAUCUGCAACCUUGUGAAUGGAUAUGUCAUUCUGGCCACUGUCUACUUUAGAAAGCUGUGGUUGCUGGCCAUGCACAAGAAGGAAAAGAGAGAACUGGCUGAAGAACACAGAUCCGUGAGUAUGAACGGAAGCUCCGAAG